AUCUCACACAUCAAGACAUCCAGGAGCCUCCACAUCAUGUGUCAGAUCCCAGUCUUCUGCUGGAUCUCUGCUACAGUUCUGGAGCACAUGUUGACCACAGAGCAGAGAGGAGAGCUGCCCAAGACCCUGACUGACCUGUACUCACACUUCCUGCUGGUUCAGACAAAGAGGAAGAAGCACAAGUAUGAUGAGGAACAUGAGACAAGUCCACAGGAGCUGACGAAGGCUGACAGGGAAGUUCUUCUGAAGCUGGGGAGGCUGGCGUUUGAACAUCUGGAGAAAGGAAACAUCAUGUUCUACCAAGAAGACCUGGAGCAGUGUGGUCUUGAUGUCACAGAGGCCUUGGUUUACUCAGGAGUUUGUACAGAGAUCUUUAAAAGAGAGAGUGUGAUCUUCCAGAAAACAGUCUACUGCUUUGUUCAUCUGAGCAUUCAGGAGUUUCUGGCUGCAGUCUACAUGUUCCACUGUUACACCGAGAGGAAGACAAGAGAGCUGAGGACUUUCCUGGGAAAAGACUACAAACACUGGGACUCAAACCCUUUCAUCAGGAACACUUAUAAGUAUUUUGGAAACAAUGAUAGCAGCUACCCAUCACUCGAUGUCCUCCUGUGGGAUGCCAUGAAGAAAUCCCUCCAAAAUAAAAAUGGCCACCUGGACUUGUUUGUUCGCUUCCUUCAUGGCCUGUCUCUGGAGUCCAACCAAAGACUCUUAGGAGGCCUUCUGGGUCAGACAGAGAACAGACCAGAAAUCAUCCAGAGAGCCAUCGAAAACCUGAAGAAGAUGAACACAGAAGAUAUCUCUCCUGACAGAAGCAUCAACAUCUUCCUCUGUCUGAUGGAGAUGAAGGACCGCUCAGUACAUCAGGAGAUCCAAGAGUUCCUGAAGUCAGAGAACAGAUCAGAGAAGAGACUCUCUGAGAUCCACUGUUCAGCUCUGGCCUACGUUCUGCAGAUGUCAGAGGAGGUUCUGGAUGAGUUGGACCUGAAGAAGUACAACACAUCAGAGGAGGGACGACAGAGACUGAUCCCAGCUAUGUGGAACUGCAGAGCCUCAGCUCUGAAGUCCAACUCCUCCCAUCUGAGACACCUGGAGCUGAGCUACAACGAGCUGCAGGAUUCAGGAGUGAAGCUGCUGUGUGGUUUUCUGGAGAGUCCACACUGUAGACUGGAGACUCUGAGACUGAGCAGCCGUAACCUCUCAGAGAGAAGCUGUGAAGCUCUGUCCUCAGUUCUCAGCUCCCAGUCUUCUAGUGUGAGACACCUGGACCUGAGUAACAAUGACCUGCAGGAUUCAUGGGUGAAGCUUCUGUCUGCUGGACUGGAGAGUCCACACUGUACCCUGGAGACUCUCAGACUGAGCAGCUGUAACCUCUCAGAGAGAAGCUGUGAAGCUCUGUCCUCAGUUCUCAGCUCCCAGUCCUCUAGUCUGAGAGACCUGGACCUGAGUAACAAUGACCUGCAGGAUUCAGGGGUGAAACUUCUGUCUGCUGGACUGAAGAGUCCACACUGUGCCCUGGAGGCUCUCAGGCUGUCAGGAUGUCUGAUCACAGAGGAAGGCUGUGCUUCUCUGGCCUCAGCUCUGAGCUCCAACCCCUCCCAUCUGAGAGAGCUGGACCUGAGCUACAAUCAUCCAGGAGACUCAGGAGUGAAGCUGCUGUCUGCUGGACUGAAGGAUCCACACUGGAGACUGGACACCCUCAGGGUGGAGCCUGGUGGAGUCCGAUGGUUGAGACCAGGUCUGAGGAAGUAUUUCUGUGAACUCACCAUUGACACAAACACAGUAAACAGAAAGAUCAAACUGUCUGACAACAACAGGAAGGUGACACAUGUGGUGGAGGAUCAGUCAUAUCCUGAUCAUCCAGACAAAUUUGACCAGUGUCCUCAGCUGCUGUGUAGUAAUGGUCUGACUGGUCGCUGUUACUGGGAGGUCGAGUGGACAGGUAGGGUUGAUAUAUCAGUGAGCUACAGAGGAAUCAGAAGGAAAAGAGGCAGAGAAAACUGUGUGCUUGGAAGGAACGAUCAGUCCUGGAGUCUGUACUGUUUUGAUGGUCGUUACUCUGUUUUGCACAAUAACAUUGAGACACCUGUCUCCUCCUCCUCUUCAUCAUCUUCCUCUGUCUCUCACAGAGUAGCAGUGUAUGUGGACUGUCCUGCUGGCUCUCUGUCCUUCUACAGAGUCUCCUCUGAUUCACUGAUCCACCUCUACACCUUCAACACCACAUUCACUGAACAUCUGUAUCCUGGGUUUGGAGUCUGGUUCUAUUGGUCUGGUUCCUCAGUGUCUCUGUCCUAA